ACUUCUCCUCCACCCCUUCCCUUGUUCAAACAUUCAAAGCUUAAGUCAUAGAAAUAACAUACACACACAUCCCUGUUUUUUUUCUGAUCGGGAUCCAAACCCUAGAUCAGUUUUUCCUACUUGUAUUCAUAGAGCAAAAAUGGGAAACAGCUUAAGGUGUUGUUUGGCUUGUGUUCUUCCAUGUGGAGCUCUAGACUUGAUCCGAAUAGUCCAUUUGAAUGGCUACGUGGAAGAGAUUACACGUCCAAUCACAGCCGGAGAGGUUCUCAAAGCAAACCCUAACCAUGUUCUAAGCAAACCAAGCUCUCAAGGUGUCGUUCGCCGGAUUUUGAUCCUCUCGCCGGAGACCGAGCUCAAGAGGGGCAGCAUAUACUUCCUAAUCCCGGAGUCUUCGUUGCCGGCGGAGAAGAAACGACACGGCCGAAAGGGAAUCAACGGUGGUGGUGAUGACAAUAACAGUAGUAUCAAGAAGAAAACAUCAACAAUGAAAAGCAACAAGGGUUGUGAUGAUGAUGGUUAUUCUUCACACCAAGGGUAUCUCAAAGUCACUAAAGAGAAGAAAUCAUCGAGCCGAGAUCGCCGGAAAGGCCGCAUCGGAAUAUGGAGGCCUCAUUUAGAGAGCAUAUCGGAAGACUAGUCGGUUUUUGUGUCGCCGGCACCGGUGACCGGAAUUCUGCAUGGUCGGAGAAAAAAAGAAAAAAAUGGUUCAAUUGUUGAAAUAUAGAAACAAAAGGCCUUUUUUUCCCCCUUGUUUUAUAAAUGUACGUGGGAAUUUGAUUUUGUGGAUAAAAAAGUUUACCUUGCUUUCCAAAUAUUGUCAUUCUGAGUUGAAUUUGAUUAAAUCUUUUAAUCUGUUUGGUUUAAACAAUAAGGUAAAGAAAAGAAAGAAAAGUUACCAAGAGUGAAGAUUUCAAGUUUGUACCAAGUAAUUUCCAACGUUAAGUUCUUGCAAACACUACUACCGGCCACCAUUUUCUUUCCGUUUGUUAUUUGUGUGUAUGAGAAUGGAGCAAAAUGAGUGUUUAAUUUUAUUUUGUACCCCACAAUCGGAACCCAAGCUUCUAUC